UAAUUUAAAAAACAUUUAAUUCAUUAAAAUUUCUUAAUAUGUAUGAUGGGCCCUAUAGUAAAUUACCAGGGCACAGAAAAAAGUUUUAUUGUCUGACAUGUUAGGUUCAAAAAAAGUGAUCGAUAAGAUGCUUCUUGGUGAUUAUUUAUUUAUUGGAGUGCAAAUUCUGAAUAAUCGAAUAAACAGGAUGUUUUCACUACGAGCUUUCUUGAAGGCGUCAUUGCAAUUGAUGUGGCCAGCUAACCUUGAGCAUCAUAUAAACAAAGAUAGGCAACAUUUCCCAUCUUAUCUACGUAAAAGUAAAAGGGUAACUUGUAUGCCAUUUUGUACAUGAAUAAAUAAAUAAAAUAACCUAGUUUAUUCAUAUGAAAGAAAAAAACGGACAUUUCCAGGUUUGGAGGGAAAUUCACUGGAGGCGCUCGCAGGCCUCAGUGCGCAGCGAACGUCAGUACGAUGUUCCAUUCUUCUCGGCCAUUAUAAUACCUUCUGAAGAUUCUAUCCCCUUAUGACUCUGACCAAUCGCAGUGGUUUCACAAUUCGAGUGUUGUGAAGUAUGAUUUCAAAUACAAGCGCAGCUUAUUAUUUUAUUUUAGUUGGCAUGGACACGUCAGGAUUCAAAAGCCAACAGAAGACAUGAAAUAAAAUAGGUAUAUAAUCGCCCUGGAACCAAAAGUUUAGUCACAAAACUUACCUUCCAGCGCACUGUAGUUACAGAUUUCAACGAGGAAAUGCGUGAGUGUAUAUCCAUUCACGUGGGUCAGGCAGGAGUCCAGAUAGGCAAUGGGUGCUGGGAGCUGUACUGUCUUGAACACGGAAUCCAGCCUGACGGCAGUAUACCGAACGAUUCCAUAAUUGGUGGCUCGGAUGAUUCCUACAACACCUUUUUCUGCGAGACGGGAGCUGGGAAGCGUGUUCCCAGGGCAGUUUUCGUGGACCUGGAGCCUACAGUCGUGGAUGAAGUCAGGUCUGGAAGAUACAGACAGCUGUUCCACCCAGAGCAACUCAUCUCGGGCAAGGAAGAUGCAGCCAACAACUACGCCCGAGGGCACUAUACCGUUGGGAAGGAUAUCGUUGACAUAGUCCUGGAGCGCACCCGCAAACUGACAGAACAAACCACUGGGCUUCAGGGCUUCCUGAUCUUUCACAGCUUUGGGGGGGGUACGGGGUCCGGCUUCACCUCCCUGCUGAUGGAGCGCAUGUCUGUGGACUACUGCAAGAAGUCCAAGCUGGAGUUCGCCAUCUACCCGGCUCCCCAGGUGUCCACGGCCGUGGUGGAGCCCUACAACUCCAUCCUGACCACGCACACCACCCUGGAGCACUCGGACUGCGCCUUCAUGGUGGACAACGAGGCCAUCUACGACAUCUGCCAGCGCAACCUGGACAUCGACCGCCCGUCCUACACCAACCUCAACCGGCUCAUCGCCCAGAUCGUCUCCUCCAUCACCGCCUCGCUGCGGUUCGACGGCGCCUUGAACGUGGACCUCACCGAGUUCCAGACCAACCUGGUGCCCUACCCCCGCAUCCACUUCCCGCUGGUCACCUACGCGCCCAUCAUCUCCGCCGAGAAGGCCUACCACGAGCAGCUGUCGGUCGCCGAGAUCACCAACGCCUGCUUCGAGCCGGCCAAUCAGAUGGUGAAGUGCGACCCCCGCCACGGAAAGUACAUGGCCUGCUGCAUGCUGUACCGCGGCGACGUGGUGCCCAAGGAUGUCAACGCCGCUAUUGCCAACAUCAAGGCCAAGCGAACCAUCCAGUUUGUGGACUGGUGCCCCACCGGCUUCAAGGUGGGAAUCAACUACCAGCCUCCGACUGUGGUGCCGGGGGGAGACCUGGCCAAGGUGCAGAGGGCCGUGUGCAUGCUGAGCAACACCACCGCCAUCGCCGAGGCCUGGGCCCGCCUCGACCACAAGUUCGACCUGAUGUACGCCAAGCGUGCCUUCGUGCACUGGUACGUGGGCGAGGGCAUGGAGGAGGGGGAGUUCUCCGAGGCUCGCGAGGACCUGGCGGCCCUGGAGAAGGAUUAUGAGGAGGUGGGCGCGGACUCUGUGGAUGCGGAGCUGGAGGAGCAAGACGAGUUCUGAGAGGAGGCCAGCGCUACCUCCCCCACAGCAGCUCGUAGGAGAGCUGCUCUGUCCUGUCUGCCCAAUCUCUGUUUUCCUGUCAACACAUUUACACACUCGUGCUGCUGUGUGCGCUGAUGGUAUUGAUUCUGACUUACGUUCAUUACGGAAUUAUGGAUUGCAGAUCUUUUAUUUAUUUAUUUAUUUUAUUUUAUUUUUUUGGACGUGCCCAUCUCUGCACAUCAUACCUGCCGCGGUCGCUUUUGAGUCAUACAAAGUGAUGGCACGUCAGUGCUGAAGGACUUGUGUGCUGUUGAUUAUCAAUGUUGUUCCCUCCCUGAAUAAAGAGUUCUCGUGCAAGCAUUAAA